UCGAAAACAGCUGUUGUUUGUUUAUAUUUUGUAACUUGAUUAUCGUUUCGGACUAAUAAAAUUCGUAUCUUUGGGGUUAUUCUGGAUGUAGUUUUGAAUAAACACUAGCAGCUAAGGGAGUGAGACUUAACAUCCAAUCAAAAAAUUAUGGGAACUCGCAAAAAGGGCUUGGAAUUUGCCAAACACAUCACCGAAAUCAUUACCAAAUCGACGGGAUUUGAAAACCAGCUUAACAAGGUGAAGAUCUUGGGUGGCGGCGAUGGAUCCUGCUGUGCCGAACUGAAAGUGGACCAGGAUCAUGUAAACACUAGUAAUUUACUGCAUACCGGCUACAUAGUGACCUUGGUGGACAUGAUCACCACAUAUGCCUUAAUGUCCAAGCCCUGUCAUCCUGGCGUUUCGGUGGAUAUUAGCGUGAACUUCUUGAAGGGUGCCAAAUUGGGCGACGAUGUAUUCAUAGAGGCAAAUCUGGUCAAGGCGGGCCAGAACCUGGCCGUCAUAGACUGCACGCUGAAGGAUAAGAAGGACGACUCGGUAAUAGCCAAGGGCUCUCAACUCAAAUACGUUAAUUUUGUAUAGGAAAUUGU